GGCGUGCAGAAUGUUAAUCAACGCUGCUGCUCUGGUCACGUGACGUGGCAGCGCGUCACGGCGUGUCAAAGCCGUGUGUCGGAGAAGCGCAGCGCGAGCGCGGGGCAGUUUCGCCUUAGCCUUUAUUUAUCACAGUUGUUGUUGUUUUCUUUUUAACUCUCGUUCCAGGUAAGAAACGCGAGCGUGUCAGACGUGGCAGCGGGAGUCUCGUGCCAUGACCUGAGUAAUGCAGGAGAGCUCUGAUUAGAGUCACGAACCUGACUGUGUGUGUGUGUGUGUGUCCUGCUGAGAAUGGAGCUGGGAAGAUGAAGAUGUGCUGACAGAGGGAUGAUGGUGUAAACUCUGAAACUGGGAACUUUGCUAAAACUUCAGCAGUUUAAGUGAAGUUGUUUCGGCGCGGUGCUGCUCCCGGAAGAAAAAAAACUAAACUAAACUAAACUAAACAGGCAAUGUCGAGAACCGGUAAAGAGUUGAGAUUAUGCUCAAAUAUUCUGAGGCGGUCCUUGUUCUUCCUUAUUUCCCUUAUAACACCCUGCAGUGCAGCAUGAUCCUCUAGCACUGUUUGACUGGUCCGACCAUCUCUCAAAGAAGUGAGGAGCGUUCUUUAAUUGGCAGCUCUGAUUGCAAACCCGCAGCCAGGAGGAUGAGGACACGCUGGUCAAGGAAGGUUCUUUUUCUGACGAAGGCCGGCUUCUUUAUUUCCGUUCUGUGGCUCUUCUACCUCUUCGUGUUCCGAUCCUCCAGCACAGCUCCGACCAAAGAUGGCAGCAAACAUAACAUACAGCCCCGGGAUGUCUUUACGGAGGCGCAGGAGGAUGCAGAGACACUGAAGCAGCCUAUUUAUGUAAAGCCUCCUCCCGACCCGAAGGCAUCUGGAGAGUGGGGCAAAGCCACUCGACUGAACCUUAACUCUGAGGAGAAGAAACAUGAACAAGACAGCAUUGAGCGCUACGCCAUUAACAUCUACGUCAGCGACAAGAUAUCCCUCCAUCGCCAUAUUGAGGAUAACAGGAUGCAUGAAUGUAGAAGCAAGACUUAUGACAUCCGUCGCCUUCCAACCACGUCUGUGAUUAUUGCCUUCUAUAAUGAAGCCUGGUCCACCCUACUAAGAACCAUCCAUAGUGUCCUGGAGACCACACCUGCUGUCCUGCUAAAAGAAGUUAUUCUCGUUGAUGACUUGAGUGACCGAGGCUAUCUGAAAUCCCAGCUGGAGGAGUACAUAAGCAACCUGGAGCGUGUCCGUCUCAUCCGCACUAAUAAGAGAGAGGGACUGGUCCGAGCUCGGCUUAUCGGUGCCACCUAUGCAACGGGGGAUGUACUCACUUUUCUGGACUGCCACUGCGAGUGUGUACCUGGGUGGAUCGAGCCUCUUCUAGAAAGGAUUGCUGAGAAGCAGGACACUGUAAUAUGUCCAGUGAUUGACACUAUUGACUGGGACACAUUUGAGUUUUACAUGCAGACUGAUGAGCCCAUGGUGGGUGGCUUCGACUGGCGGCUUACAUUCCAGUGGCACUCUGUGCCUCAGGCAGACCGCGAAAGACGGAAAUCCCGCAUAGACCCCAUCAGAUCUCCCACCAUGGCCGGGGGCCUUUUUGCUGUAAGCAAGGCCUACUUCGAAUAUCUGGGCACUUAUGACACCGGCAUGGAGGUAUGGGGAGGAGAGAAUCUGGAACUUUCCUUCAGGGUUUGGCAGUGUGGAGGCUCACUGGAGAUUCACCCCUGUUCCCAUGUCGGUCAUGUUUUUCCUAAGAAGGCCCCAUACGCCAGGCCAAAGUUUCUCCAGAACACAGUGCGAGCUGCUGAGGUCUGGAUGGACUCUUACAAGGAGCUUUUCUAUAACCGCAAUCCUCCUGCUCGUAAGGAAACGUACGGGGACAUUUCAGACAGGAUUCUCCUACGAGAACGGCUAAAGUGCAUGAGCUUUGACUGGUAUCUGAAAAAUAUUUACCCGGAUCUGCAUGUGCCUGAGGACAGACCUGACUGGCAUGGAGCUGUGCGUAGCAGUGGGAUUCCCUCCGAGUGUCUGGACUACAAUGCUCCAGAUCACAAUCCCACAGGGGCUCACCUGUCUCUGUUCGGCUGCCAUGGACAAGGAGGGAAUCAGUUUUUCGAGUACACCUCGUAUAAGGAAAUCCGCUUCAACUCUGUAACUGAGCUGUGUGCGGAGUACAACGAUGGCCAGAACCACAUAGGAAUGAAACACUGUCCUCGUGAUGGAGAGCCAGUUUCUCAGAACAUCGUCUGGGAGUUCAGAGAUAAUGGACUUAUCUAUCACCCUCUGUCAGACAAGUGCAUAACAUCAUACCGUACAGCAGAGGGGCGAACCGACGUGCACAUGCAAAGAUGCUCUAGUGAAGACCUGAACCAGCGAUGGAAGUUUGAAUGAAUGUGAUUUCUACAUUGCAUUGAAUUCAAGAAGUACAUUUUCUAUGAAGUCCAAGCAUCAAUUCAGUAGCUGGUUUAAACUGUCAGUAAUUUUCAUACUGUUUUGCACUGUGAGGUUAUAAACUUGAUGGUCAAUCGGACUGGAUUGCAGUGGAGUUGAGGUACUAAAACUAAGUUUUGGGUGAGAAAGCGACCACUUCAGUGGUUUUUGGGCAACGGUUUUAAUUUUUGUGAAAUGUGGAAGGCCUGUGGCUUGUUGAUGAAUAGACUAGGCUCUGUUCAGUGCCUUUGAAAACCAAAGGUGAUCAAGUCUCUAUUUUUAUUGUAUUUCACUUUAGUAGCAAUAUGGGGAAGGAAAUCUAGUUGUGUUGGAACACUGUUUGCGUUUACAUGAUUGCACUAUGUAAUUGAACCGAGUCGAGACAAGUUAGUCAAAACUCACAGUUUGUAUUUAUAAAAUGCUUAUUUUUAGGUGACAAGUAUUUCAGGGAGUGGCGACAACCUGUUUAUCUUGCUAUACACAUUUUUUCUUUUUCAGUCAUGACAUUUUAGCCAUGGCUUUAAAAAAAAAAAUCAACAUUGUGAUGUUUGUACAGUUUCUGAACAAAGGCGCUUGACGUCUUUCCAUUGUGUUGUGGGUUUAUUUUCUCGUAAGCUCCACAAACCCGUUCUGCACCAGCCCACUGUGCCUUAUUGUUGUCAUCUCAACAGCGAACUCACUCAAGCUGACUUUUUCAGUUUAAAAGCUAAUCACGGAGGCCAAACUUUAACUUGUUAACAGAUUUAGAGGGGGAAAAAUCUGCGAAAUCAAAUCAGUUUUGCUUUGCCUAAAUCAAUUGGGAAGCAAAUAUUUUUUAUAAUUUUUUUGACAGGUGCUUUCUAUUUUAUUCUUUACACAGUGUUAUAGGGGAAAACAAUCUGAAUGAAAUUUCUCUUUCUAUGAAUGAAGUUAAUAUGAAGAAUGAUCUGGAAGUGUACUGAAAUGUUUACACAAAUGUGAGAGCAUGUUUAUGAAUGUUGCCUGGGUCAUGCCAUCCUGGACACCUUCUGUAUUCCAGUGUCUAUUUUCUUGCUUUGGGUGUAACGUUAUUAAAUGGUAACAAAAAAAAAAGGUUUUGCUAAAUGUUAGCCAAAGGAGAACAUUUCAGUGGCUGUUAGUCAUUUUAUUUCCAGAUGUAAAAAAAAAAAAUGCAAAACAAACCACUGUAUAAUUAUGUUUGAAGUAAAAUUGUUUCACUGAGGAAUGGCUAGAACUCACCCACAGAACCAGUCAUUCCUGUGAUCUGAAAUUCCAUGGACGUUACAGUACAUUGUGACCUUAAGAACUGUACAGCAUGGGCUUGUUUGGGCUUUUUGCAUUUGCUCUAUUAAUCAACCAGUCAUUUCCAGAAAUCUUUUUUUUUUAUUAUUAUUAUUUUUUUUUAAUAGAUGUUGAUUUUUAAACAUGGUAUAAAGGGACCUUUAUUUUAUGGUGGGAAUGAAUAUUUAAAACUACUGAUUAAGCACAAACUGUAGUGAUUGCCUUCUACACCAUAAGUACAAUGAUCACAUUUUGUUUGUUGUACUGAAUCAGUCAUUUGACCGCAAUGAACAAUGAUUUUAAUGGAUCAAAUUUGUUACUUGUGAACUCCUGUUCUCUUUCUUACCCUUCAUUCUGUCUGUCCUCUGUUGCAGUGCCAUCUUGUGGUAACCAUUAAAUUAUUGCCAUAUGAUUCAUGUCACAUGAUUUGUACAUGACUGGAUAAAUGAUGUCUGGUUGUAAAACACUCCACAUUAGGUGUGCAGCGUAGGAUAGUUUUUUUUUACACCAGACUUUGCAUUUUUACAAUAGGCAUGUGGCUUAUUUCAUCUGUUAUGGCUUCAUCUAAUCAAGUAUUCAUUUUAAUUUCAAUAAACAUACAUUUUGUUCCACAA